CGCCGGGGCCAUGAGGGAGCAGUCCCUGUCGCAGGUGGCGGCUCUUGCCAGCUCCCUGGAGCCCGCCGGGAAGGAUCUCUGAGGCCGCGGGACUGGGCUGCAUGAGAGCUCCCGGAGGAAAUGCCGGUUGGGAUGGCUCGGGAUCUGGAGGAGACCUGCUCAUCUUCGGAGGAGGGGGAGGUUGAAGAGGGGCUGGAGGAUCAUCCAUGCAUCAAAUGGACUGGAGGCUGCAGGCGGAUCCCCAUCUUGGUGUUUCAUGCUGAAGCCAUUCUCACCAAUGACAGCUACCUCCGUCUAAUUGGAGAACGUUAUCACUUAUCCUAUAAGAUUGUGAGAACAGACAGUCGCCUGGUCCGAAGCAUUCUGACUGCCCAUGGAUUUCAUGAGGUGCACCCCAAUAGCAGUGAUUAUAAUCUCAUGUGGACAGGAUCACACUUGAAGCCCUAUUUGCUGCGUUCCCUUACAGAUAUUCAGAAAGUCAAUCAUUUCCCUAGGUCAUAUGAACUGACAAGAAAAGAUAGACUGUACAAAAAUGUCAGUCGUAUGCAGCAGACUCAUGGAUUCAAGACGUUCCACAUCUUACCUCAGACCUUUAUCCUCCCAGCAGAGUACCAGGAGUUCUGCAAUACAUAUUCUAAAGACAGGGGCCCAUGGAUAGUGAAGCCUGUGGCCUCCUCCAGGGGUCGAGGUGUCUACCUGAUCAACAAUCCAAGCCAGAUUGUCCUGGAAGAAAACAUCCUGGUUUCUCGUUACAUCAGCAACCCCCUGCUCAUAGAUGAUUUCAAAUUUGAUGUGCGCCUGUAUGUUCUGGUUACAUCCUAUGAUCCACUGGUCAUUUAUCUCUAUGAGGAAGGAUUAGCCAGGUUUGCAACAGUGAGGUAUGACCAGGCAUCCAAGAACAUUAAAAACCAGUUUAUGCAUCUGACCAACUACAGUGUCAACAAGAAGAGUGGAGAUUAUGUCAGCUGUGAUGAUCCUGAAGUAGAGGAUUAUGGAAACAAGUGGAGCAUGAGUGCAAUGCUGAGGUACUUAAAACAAGAGGGGAGAGACACAGCAGCAUUAAUGGCCAACGUGGAGGACCUGAUUAUCAAGACUGUACUUUCUGCUGAGCUGGUCAUUGCCACAGCCUGUAAAACUUUUCUUUCACAUCGUGGCAACUGCUUUGAACUGUAUGGUUUUGAUGUCCUUAUUGAUGCCACUCUCAAGCCCUGGCUGCUGGAAGUGAACCUAUCCCCAUCGUUGGCCUGUGAUGCUCCUUUGGAUCUGAAGAUCAAAGCCAGCAUGCUCUCAGAUAUGUUCACCCUUGUAGGCUUUGUAUGCCAGGAUCCAGGCCAGAGAUCAAGCCGGGCAGUUUAUCACUCAUCUGAAUCUGUCAGGAGAAAUCCAUACCAGAAGCAUCAGCGUCCUGUGUCUGCGCAGCCCCGACCAACAAACACCAGACUGCGCGCCCGUCCUCUGUCUGCCAAUGAUGCUGAAAUGAAAAACCUGAUGCCCUCAGGCAAGGAAAAAGCAACAGGAAGGCAAGGCAGCUCUGUGCUAGGUCUCUCCAUGGAGGAGAUAAAAGUUCUUCGUCGCGUGAGGGAGGAGAAUGAGCGGAGAGGAGGUUUCAUCCGAAUAUUCCCUACUCCAUUAACAUGGGAUCUUUAUGGAUCUUUCUUAGAGCACAAGACAACAAUGAACUACAUGCUGGCUACACGUCUGUUUCAGGACAGAGCAGUUCUUAAUGGAAGGCUGGGUAUGAAGCUUGAAGCUGUGGACUCCAAUGCUCUCUUUUAUGAGAGGAAGCUCGUUUCACUGGAGUUACGGAAGCGCAGGCGACGUCAUGGCAAGGCACGAGCAGCACGGACAAGAUCAUCAGGGACAUCAAAACCCACAAAACUGUCCCUCAAGUCAGACACAGAGGGCGAGGAGGAAGAGGAGGUAGAUGAAGAUGAAGAACUAGAUGGAACUGCUAGCUCUCUUUUGGACACACAGGUGAAAAGCAAGACAGAGCUCUCUGAACUGGUAAAAGCUGCUUGUCAAGAGAAUAUGCCAAAAAAACUUGAUGAGAAAAAUGGAGAUGGAGGAGAGCUGUUUCUUGAAAAAACAGAACCAGAAUCUCAGUUUAACUUGUUGCAGAUUCUUCAAGAGAAUGGAAACUUAAGCAAAGUGCAGGCUCGCAGGGCUUUCUCUGCCUACCUACAGCAUGUUCAGUUGCGACUGAUGAAGGAGGCUGGUGACGAGAUCCAGAAUGCUACCUGGGCUGCCAAAGAGGAUGAGCAAAUGGAGCUUGUGGUACGCUUUCUGAAGCGAGCAGCCAGCAACCUUCAGCAGUCCUUGAGGAUGCUGCUUCCCAGCCGGCGUCUAAGCCUAAAUGAUCGUCGACGUAUCCUGGCUCACCAGCUGGGCGAGUUCAUAGUCUGCUAUAACAAGGAAACAGAGCAGAUGGUUCAGAAACGAUCAAAGAAGAAACAGGAAGAGGAGGUGGAAGAGGGAGUGAAUGCUGAAGGUUUUCAGAACUUUAUUAUGAGGGCAAGUGAGAGUGACCUGGAAGAAGUGCUGACAUUUUACACCCACAAAAAUAAGUCAGCAAGUGUCUUUCUCGGAACAAACUCUAGAGGCACGAAAGCCAGCAACAGCAGUAACCAUUCAGAAAUUCAGCCUCAAGGAGAGCGUCCUGAAGUGACGAAAGAAAUAAAAGGUGAUCAGGCCCGAAGUUCAGUUGCAGAUUUGCCUGCAGAAGGAGCAGUAAGAGGCUACAAAGCCAAAGAAGUUAAAUCAAAUUCUCCAGAAGGAUCCACCUUCUUAGAUGCUGAAGUGAAAUUACCUCGUUGUGGCCCUGCUGGUGCUUCCUCUGUUCCUGAAGCUGCUACCCAGAGAAAUACCAGCUCCCAGUUACCAUCUCAGCCUGCAGCCUCUAAAAGUCCACACAUGCCUGGUCGCCAUUCAUUGCUGGCUCCUCCGGUUGGUCCUAGACUGAUUCAGUCCACAUCCUCCUCACCUUCUUCUCAGACCCAAAGCACAGUCCCUGACAGUUCUGCUGUCUUCACAAACCCAGUGUCCAGUGAGACUUCUAGCCUUGCAGGGUUACAUCAUUGCCAUUCUGGUAACUACACUGUUAGCCCGUUCUCAUCUUUUCAGAGAGCUGCUCAGAUCUACAGCCAAAGAUUGUCCCGAUCAUCUUCUGCAAAAGCAGGUUUGUGCCAUCGCAGUCCAAGUGGACAGCGUGUGGGCUCAGCCAGGACGCACAAAGAUGCAGAAGAUGCUUCUUGCCAUGGCAAACAUUAUAGCCCUAGUAUGGUAGCAGCAGAACUACAGCAGCUGACAGAAAAGCAGGCAACUCGUCAAUAUUCUCCACCGAGCCACAUCAGUCUCCUUACGCAGCAGUUAACAAACCUGAACUUGGCAAGUGGAGCUAUAAGCAAGGGAAGCGCAGCCUCCCCCCCGAGCUAUCGGUCAACGCUCAACAGAAGAGGGCCACUGUGGGCUGUUCAGUCGGACACUCACAUAGGUGACAGAAGGUCUGUGUCUUCAGCAGUCAGGGCUCCGGAGAGUGAUCAUUUUUCCUGGGAAGGGGAGUUGGAGAACAGUGUUUACAACAAGAUGACAGGGAGUCAGCUGGCACAUCCCAACUAUCAGCUCCAUUUUGCUGUGCGGCAACUCCAGCAGCAGAAACUUCAGUCUCAACAGCUGUUGGAGCAAAGUCAAAUUCGGCACCAGGUUCUGUUUGCCAACCACCCACAAUCCAGCACCAGCCAUGUAUCUAUGUCAGCUGGCUCUGCUGCCCGCAAGACAUCAAGUGCCACUUCCAGUAUCCAGAAGACAGCCAGUUUGCACAAAGUGAUGCCAUCCCAGAGUACGCCUUCUCAGCUAGUUCCAAAGCCUCCAGCAAACCACAGGCAGGCAGUGGCCAGAAAGGCUGCAACACAGAGGAUUUCCAAGGUGACCUCCACUGAAAGGCAGCUAAAUGGAUUCCAGAACAGCCUUAACAGUGUUGCAUCCUGUGAGCCAGGCACAAAAUCCACAGCCUCUACUCACAGUGAAGGACUAACACUGAACACCAGGUAAUGAGGAGGACCUGAUGUGAAAAGAGAAGAGUACCUGAACAUCUGUGAAAGCAGGUGAUAGAGCUGCAAGUUGAGGUGAAUGGUUGCCUCUGAGAGCUUCUGCUGCUGAGCCUUGGGAUUCCUUCUUUCCAUCUCUUCCUGAACAGUGCCCGUAACAUCUUUUUGUAAGACAGAGAUCCUCAAGCUGUCUGUAUUAUUCUUCCCAAGGUCCAAGUUUGAACAUAAAUCUCCUCAUCUGCUCAGCCAUUUCAGUCUGUAUUAGUCUUGUAACAGCAAAGAUUCUCUGCUCUCAUUACGUGGCAACCAACAGCAGAGAAAAAUAUUAGACUGUAUGACUAGAAACAUUCUUGUUGGUUGCCAUCUUGAAUUUUGGCACAGAACCGUGGAAGUGCUUGGUUUGAAUAAAGUCAUUUCAUUUGUU